GUGGGAUCGGCCCUUUUGUUCCCCCACGCACUUGAGACGCCGGCGGCGCCUUUGGUUUGGCCAGCCAUGGAGUCGCUGUCCUUCCUGGAUUGUGGGGAGAGAGAUACAGAUCUGUUCACAUGGAGCACCGCCUAUGUGGUGACAGCCGUUUGUGCUGUGAGUGCCGUGCUGGCGAGCUGUAGCAAGGACACCCAGAGUAGACAGCUCUUCUUGAUCUUCGCACUGGUCACCGGCCUUUCGUUCGGUUUGAGCGGAGCCUCCCAUAUGAUGAUCUACGAGCUGCAAGAGGGGGGCCGACGGUGUGGAUCCACCUGGGCAGAGGAUCACCAUGAGUGGAUGUACAGUUGGCUCUUCUCCUUGGCCUUUUCGCCCUUCUCGCCCGCUGCCUUGGCAGCACUCUCCAUAAGCACCACGGAGAUCAGUGGCCGGAUCAUCGGCAUCAUCGCCGUCUUCUCGAUGGCCUUCUCUGUGGCAGCCCUGCAGGUCUAUGAGUUUGCCACCUCCUACGUGGUGACGCCUGUCUACUCCCGAAGCGUCAUGUUCAUCAAUGUGGGUAUUGCUGUGGUGGUGCCGGCCUGUGAGGCGAAGCUCCGGCAAUCCUCGCUGGCGGCGAUGACGAGCGCCGCCUUUUUCCUCGUGGGAGGUUUGGUGGUCCAGACCACCAGGGGCCUCAGCUUCGAGUCCUUCACACAGAAUGCCAUGUUCCAUUGCCUGGUGACCGUUUCCGUCGUGGCUGCUUGGUUCGCCAGUCAGGCAAAGUCCUUGGAAGGCGUAGUGGAGGAUCGAAAGCUAUUUCAGCCCUAUCAACACGUCGAGCAAGAUGUAAAGCGAGCGCGGCAGGAGGAGAUGGCAGAGGAUGAGGCAUGUUACUGUUGCUUCCGCACACGGCAGCAGGAGCCACGCUUCGCCCCAUUGAAGCCACAGGACUGGAGCGACCGGUCAUCGUAGCGGAACAAGGUGAUCCAGAUUGCUGACGAUUCCCGAAUCUUGGGGCAGGGACCAAGACCGCGACCGCGAAGACCGCGACCGCGUGUUUUCUCCAACAGGAGCCAGGUGGACCCCAAGAUGAUGACACAGUCGCCGUGACACCUGGUGGUUGGUGUUUGGUCGAGAAGCCGAAAUCGGGGCAUUUAUGAGCGAAAACGGGUG